GCGGGCGCGGCCAUAUUGGGAAUUCGCGAAGACAGGGACCGAUUUUGUGAGUGUCAGUGCUGUGAAAAUUAAUCCAAAAUCAUCGGAAAAUGUCUGAAAGGGAGGACAACGUUUACAAGGCUAAAUUAGCCGAACAAGCGGAACGUUACGAUGAAAUGGUCGAAGCCAUGAAAAAGGUGGCCAAGCUGGACUUGGAAUUGACCGUAGAGGAACGCAACCUGUUGUCAGUGGCGUACAAAAACGUCAUUGGAGCUCGGCGCGCCUCCUGGAGGAUAAUCUCUUCAAUUGAACAGAAAGAAGAAUCUAAAGGGGCCGAUGACAAAUUGGAGAUGAUUAGACAGUACAGGCAACAGGUUGAAAAGGAACUUAGAGACAUAUGCUCCGAUAUUCUUAACGUUUUGGACAAACAUUUAAUCCCUUCCGCUUCAACAGGAGAGAGCAAAGUAUUUUAUUAUAAAAUGAAGGGUGAUUAUCAUAGAUACUUAGCUGAAUUCGCCACCGGUACCGAUCGAAAAGACGCAGCCGAACACUCGUUGGUAGCUUACAAGAGCGCCAGCGACAUUGCAACCACAGAACUACCUCCCACACAUCCCAUAAGGCUGGGUCUGGCCCUCAAUUUCAGUGUAUUUUACUAUGAAAUCCUCAACAGUCCGGACAGGGCGUGUCGACUGGCCAAAGCUGCAUUUGACGACGCCAUCGCCGAACUAGACACACUCAGUGAAGAGAGCUACAAAGACAGUACGUUAAUCAUGCAGCUGCUCAGGGAUAACUUAACGUUAUGGACCAGCGAUAUGCAAGGGGAUGGUGAAGGUGAAGCUGAACCCAAGGAACAGCUUCAAGACGUAGAAGAUCAAGACGUGUCAUAAUCUUAAGGCACAUCAGGGCCCCCUUUUCGUUUGUGAGGGGGCACCAACUUAAAUACCGAACUGUCGCGAGUGCUGUGUUGUAAAAGUGCGGGGGCGCGGGCUUAUAAAUUUUCAUCCAAUCAUCAUUCAAUUUUUUUUUUAUUACAGUCAAUUUUUGAAUCUGAGGCACGCACGACAGGGAAAUUGUUACUUUUUUGUAUUGUUUAUGCGCCACAAAGCUGAUUUACACACAGGAUUCAUAGCACAUCAUUAUUUUUAGUUGAAUCAAAUUGUUUGUGGAAAUGGUUACUUGAUCUUAAAAGUAGUUCCGUUUGGCAGCUGUCAGUAACUCUCUUCCGUACAUCAGAUUCAAAAUUUGCUGUGGGGCUCUCCAUGCCUGCGCCCAUAAGUGCAUGGGAACCACCCCCGUGAGUUCCAAGUACAUAAUGUAUUAUUAUUAAUAUUAUUAAGUAGCUGUAACUCUGUUUUUAGUCUCUUUAGAGGAUUGGGCCUACUGCUAGUCUUGAAAACGGAUGUAGCUUAUUUAUUCUUUUAAUGUCAGAAAAGCUGUUUUAUAUAAUAUGACAAAUGAGAUGUAAUUUAUUUAUUGUAUUUGGACUAAAGAUAAUCAAAAAAAGUAUAAGAAAGUCUUGCUGUAGGCUCCAUCUGAAAAGUCUUAUUACUUAUCUUAAAACAAUGUAUGAGUCUUGUGGUGAAUGGCAAUACGGUGAGUGUUUGAGGUAAAAUUCUGCUAAGAGUUUUUUGUGAAUGUUGAAUCUAUGAAUCUUUUUUAGACGAAGGAAAUCUGUCGCUUCGAAGUUAUUUUUUUGUCUAUUUAUGUUUUUUUAGCCCCUUGAAUAAAUAAAUACAGAAAAUUUCAAAUGUCUGGUUUUUAAGGAAGGGAGAGAGGGAACGAAGGUUUGAGGCUUUUGAAUUUUUUUAAAAAAAAAUAAUAGUUGACCAAAAAAUAAAAACACAAAUUAUUAAGAGUGAACAUUUUGUACCAUUUGCGCGUAACUAACUACUGUAGCCUUUGCAUUUUUCCAUUACUAUUAAAAAAUGAAAUAAGAAUAUUACAAGCAUACUACCUUAAAAAUAAAAUAAAUAAAUGUAAAAUCCUUAGUCGUUAGUUGAAAAUAAAAAUAACAUAACAGUUUGUAUAUUUUAUAAAUUAGCCUCAUUUUUUUUUUUUUUGUAUUUUUUAAGUCAGUAUUUUUUUGAGGAGAAUUUGAGUGCAUUUGUCCGUACACAAAAUGGCAUUCCGUUGUAGCAUUUUUUUUUAUUUCUGUUUAACAAUAGUACUUAAAUGGAAUAUUUUUGAUUUGGUCAUGCUUGGCUUGUGAAAAUUUGUUACUUAAGCGUAGCUGGAAAACACAAGUACUUAGUUCAAAUGCAAUUUAUAGUUUUUUUUUUUUUUAAAUUCAUUAUUUUUUGCUGUUAAGACUUUUAUUGCAUUAUUUUGAUGUGCGUAUGAAUGUAACAAUGCUGUGUAGAUUGAUAUAAAGAAAUUUGAUGUAUUAUUAAUAAAACUUAUUU